CUCCACGCCAUAUACCCUUCGGGAGGUCUGCGGUAAGGGCUCUAGCCCGGCCGCCACGGCGUUAAAUACAACAACAACAACAACAACAACAACCAAGGAAGGAUGGGAACGCUGCGAUUUUCUGCACCAUCACGCAUUCAAAAGGACCCGUUCAGCCAUCCAGAUCUAACUUGGCGAUCCAUACCUCUCUCACCCUCGCGAUCUUAGGUGUCUAUUAGCAGCCUUAGGCAGUCACGCUCGUUUCCUCGAAUUAUUUUGAACUCGCUUUCCUACUCCAGAAGAAAAUGGCUCGCUACCUCCUCCCGAUCCUGGCAGCUACCGCAGUCCUAGCCAAGACGGACCUCGCAGACUGCACCUCUCUCACAUCCACCAUCCCAGGACCCUCCGGCAACUCCAUCAAGACAGUCAUUUACUACGUCCCAGACACCCUCGAAAUCUGCACCACGCUCGACUGCGGAGGUACCGACAACGCGAUCGGCAAGAAAAUCCCCGGCUGCCCAGGGUUUUCCGGAUUUGGGACGAUCACCAAGAGCUUCCUCCCCAGCUGCGCUACCGUCAAACCGCCCACGAUGACGGUCACCCAGACCCUGGCGCCUCCGGGAUCGAACAGCGGGGUCGGCAGCACGACGGUGACAGUUACGCCGCCUACGACGACGAGCACCAUCGUCAAGACCGUGACUACGUCGCCGACGCUAUCGUUUACGGCGUCGGGGCAGAGCGGGUUCACGACUGGGACGAGCGGUGCGGACAGUACCUUGGUGACGUCGACGGAGGGUGAGGCCGCGCCGACUGAAACGAGAGCGGAGCCCUCGUCGAGUACGGUUCCGGCGGGGGCGGGAUCGACGGCUCGGGCGGGGAUGGCUGCAGUUCUCGGCGUGGCGGCGGUUGCUGUGGCAUUCGCCUGAGGGUGCUACUGAUCGCCUCAAAUACAUGUAACUCGGGGAGAAUCGUGAUAAGGCCUUUGCAUGCGGCGAUUUUGGGGAAUCUGGCAAUGGCAUAGUGGAAACGCGAUUCCCUCAUGCUCGGCGCAAAAUAGUUGGGGUGAAUUGGUCUCGGCUGGCUUGACAUAGCUUGGAUUAGACGAUUGCCUAGAUUACACGUUUGUUGUCUUUGGCUGCAAGUAGCAUAUAACAAAAUUGAGCUUUUGACUGCUCUCGAA